CAGAGUGAGACGAAGAGGCGUCAGCGUAGUUUUAUUCCGGCUUUUAAUUCCAUGCAGUUCAAGCAUUCGUUCCUAGACGCAUACGUUGCACGUAAAAUACACAACCGGGCAGUGUGUUAGUAUUUUUUUCUCCCGUUCCAUGGAUUUGCUGCAGCUUCUGUCAUGGGCCUGCAUCGUGUUUACAGUCGGGAUGUUCUCGACUGGACUGACCGACCUGAAGAAGAUGCGAGACUCCAAAAGUGCUGAUAACAUCCAGUUUCUCCCCUUCCUCACCACGUGUCUGAAUAACCUGGGCUGGUUGUAUUAUGGGAUUCUGAAGAGAGAUCAGACAAUCGUCCUGGUUAACUUUAUUGGAGCUCUACUCCAGAUCCUCUACAUCAUUGUGUACCUCCACUACACAAAACAGAAGAGGCUCGUGAUGUCCGAGACCUUAGGAGCAGGCAUGGUGCUGACCUGCGGUUGGUUUUACUUUGCCAUGUUUCUGCCCGAGGGUGACACUCGCCUCAGUCAGCUAGGCCUCACCUGCAGUGUGGUCACAGUCAGCAUGUACCUGUCCCCGCUCACCGACCUGGUAGAAAUAGUGCGCAGUGGUGACGUGCAGCGCUUGUCCUUCCCCCUGACUGUAGCCACCUUGUUCACUUCAACUUCUUGGGUUUUCUACGGCCUCCAGCUGAACGACUACUAUAUUGUGGUUCCAAACGCACCGGGCAUCUUCACCAGCCUCAUCCGAUUUUACCUGUUUUGGAGAUUUGCAUCCAUCAGUCACAGCUCACCUUCCUAUAAGCCUAUGCAUAUAUGAGGAUAGAGGGAGGGGGCAGCAAAGCUCUCCAUUCACCCACAGAUGACGUGGACAUAAUGUCUCGUGUUAGUUGGCAGGUAUAUCAAUUACUCAGUUAAGUGGGAAAAUUAUGCUCAAUUUAAGUUCAACUGUUUUUUCUGCAGCUAUUUGUGAAACUUGUGACCUGCCUCUCCUCUCCGUGUCCUUCAAGUGCCUUCUGUUCGAUCAUGUUUGCCAGUAAAGAUCAGUGGCAUCUGCUGAUCCACAAACAUGUCAAGAGACUUGCUCUUUGUUCACAAUCCAGUGAAGUGGAUUGAAUCUUCCUCACCUCAUACUAGCCAAAGAUUUUGUGUAGUUGUGACUUGCUGGCUGCUAUAGUAAUGUCACAUAUAUUUGCUCUGCUCUCCAAUGCUCAUGUAUGGAACAGUGUAAUGCCAAGUUUCAUAUUUUUCCCCACAGCUCAGUGAGGAAAUGACGAUUUCAUAUCUCUUUAAUUGGUACUCAUACCUGUGUAUCGCCAUGCAGACAGAAUAUUGAGUCACACCAGUGGCAGUGAGUUAUGUUUGUCCAGAAUUGUUUUCUAUAUGUUUUUUCUUUUUGAUGCACAGUGUGUAUGUUGGCUAAUGCCCGAGAUCACAUAUUUCCUAUAUAUAUAUAUAUAGGUAUAACUAUAUUGUUAAUGCUAUUUUUAUAAGCUCUUGGAUAUGAGAUUAAAUAGAAAAAGAAAAGAAAUUACGACCACAGGAUUUGUUUACAAGAAUGAAUGAAGUUUAUUUUUUCUGGUGGCUGGUUGUCAUGGUAAUAAAGUCUUGCUUGUCUCCUCAUUAUUAUCUGUAAUAAGGACAUAUGUUAUGCAAAUGAAACAGCUGAGUGUCAUUACCGAAGGAUGUAAGAUCUUUAAAGGUGCCAUGUAAAUAAAUUUUUACCCUAAA